UGUAGCUCAACCCAUCAAAAAGCAAUUAAAAAUUGUAUUGAUUUGCAAUAAUAGGCUCAUCUUUUACUAACCUUGGGGCAAUACUAUACUUACCUGGACAAAUUGAAACAAACCAAAUAGAAAAUUCAUAAGAAAUUAUUAGUUUUAAUUCGCCCUGGUAGAGCCCUGAUUUACAUAACAUUUUAAUUUGAAGGAGGAUCGCAUUCUUCAUUUGGGAUGAUCUAUUUUGAUGGGCAUAAUAAAUUCGAAGUGGUGGAAGAGUAUGGGGGCGCCUCUCAGCAUUGAAUCAAAAUGAAAUGCAAAGAAGGUGCAUAAAGUGCAAGGGUGUUUUAAUUGACCGUUUGAUUGAUAUAAAUAUAAUUGUCGAUCGGGUUCAGCUAUCAGAGUAGUCCGAGAAGAAGAAGAAGAUGAGAUUGAUUAUUUUGUCAGUGCUUUUAGGAGGUGUUCUUGCCGAUGUUGGGUAUCUACCUCCAAGGGUAGGUGGUGGGUAUUCAGGAGGUGGUGGGUAUUCUGGAGGUGGUGGCUAUUCACCGGGAGCUGGAGCCUAUUCAGGAGGAGGUGGUUAUAGUGGAGGUGCUAAUAUACCAAUUGUAAGGUACGUCAACAAUAACCCUGGAGAUGGUACCUACAAUUGGCUCUACGAAACAGGGAACGGUAUAAGCGCCGAUGAAUCUGGAGAUGGUCGCGGUGAUGGUACCAAAGCCAGAGGCCAAUUUUCCUACACCGCUCCUGACGGUCAAAGGAUCAGCCUUCAAUAUACCGCCGAUGAAAACGGUUUUAGGCCUGUAGGAAGUCAUUUGCCUACACCUCCACCAAUACCAGAAGCUAUUUUAAGGUCUAUUGAAUAUAACAGAGCUCAUCCAAAUGAAGACGGUCAAUACAGGCCCGGCGCGGAUGAAGGAGGUUUUAGCGGUUAUAGAUAUUAAAAAUAGGAAAUUGUUUUAAAACCUAAAUAGCCAGUAUUAUUUUAGACAAAUAGUCGCUGUUAUUAUGUUAUUAUUUAAUUUAUUUUGCAAUUUGUACCAUUUGAAAAGGUACACAUUUGAAUUUUUCAUAAUAAAGUGCUUGUAUUGUGAA